ACUCGUCGAACCCUGUGUGUUUUUUCAACGGGACGUAUGAAAAGCUCUACUAAAAGGAGCCGAGAUCACCAGAGGCGACGCCUCUGAUGACAAAUAAGCUCAAAAGAUGGACUAAUUAAAGUUGAUGGCAGGCAUGAGUAGGCAGACCUCCCAACUCGUACUCCCCAUUCCAUCAUCAUCCAGUCUCGUCGUCGAGGAUCUCCAUGCAAAAUUACAUCACACCGGCGUAGGGCACACCCUCAGCGUUUGUCAAAGGAAUUUUAUAUACCUAUUUUAUAAUAGAUGGUGACGAAAAACCUUCGAAGUUCUGUGCCAAUGCAUCAAAUGUAGAAUUUGGCCUUCGAUGCCACAGCCAUCUCGGAUUACCAAUUUAUCAACGUCUCAAGGGUUUUGUUCGCAUUUUCACCAACAUAGAACUUGACUGUUUUGUACCGUUUCGCGUUGACAUCAGAAUAGGAACAACAAAGAGAUACCGUUAUUCUAUUAUGGCUCUUCGACGAUUCAUCUUUUUUCAUAUAUUUCAGAAGAUCAUUUACUGAUAAAGGCACAAACAUAGUUGCUAGUGAAAAGAAGCUCAUUCUAGGCAUUAUAGACCAAAAUUCUGCUUACACCAUUGGAGAAGUGGUUUAUCUUGGCAUUUUUAGUCCACUCUUUUUCUGAUUUGUCUAGCUAACAUUUGCCAGUUAUUUGUGUGUGUGUGUUUAACGUGAUAGUGAAUUUGUUGUGCAUCGUCUCGAGUCUCUUUGAGCGUCGUUCUUUGCUUGUGUCAGUGUCUUUGUCGUUGUUUAGUUUCGAUGGGCAGUGUGGUGAUGUCCGCCAUUAAGUGUCUCUCACGCGAUUUUCUGGUUGCCGCCGGCAUGUCCUGCGGUAAUGUUCGUCUUCCCUGGCCUGUCUACAGUUUCCUGAACGCUUGCGGUCUAUUUCGGCGCACGCAUGCGCGCACGAGACGUGGUGGCCGUGGCGGUGGCGCUACUAGACUGAUAGUGCGACAACGCUCUCUGCUAGGUCUUGUCAAUGCGCGCUCUCUUCUGAACAAGUGUGAACUGAUUUCUAAUCACUUAAUUGAUGCCCGUCUUGAUCUGCUGGCAGUGACUGAAACCUGGCUUAACAGCGACAUUGGUGACUCUACUAUAAAAGCGGCAUGUCCGGAUGGCUACACCGCUGUUCAGCUCCCUCGUCUGAAUCGAAAGGGUGGUGGUCUGGCUCUGAUCCAUAAAUCCUCUAUUGAGGCUAAACGACUUCCUGUGACCAUUCAUGAGGCCUAUGAGUGCAUGGAUUUGUUGCUUUGUUUUCGGUCGCAACGUGUUAGACUAUUGAUCAUCUAUAGACCGCCUUCCUCUCUACCUUCUCGUUUCUUUGAUGAAUUUUCUUUGACUAUGGAAGCUGUCUGCUCUACUCGUGAUAAGCUAGUCGUCGUUGGGGAUUUCAACUUUCAUGUUGAUCUGGUGGAAAACUCGGUGGCACAGUCAUUUCUCGGUCUCAUGGAGGCGUUUGGUCUUACGCAGUGUGUUGCUUCUCCCACCCAUAUCAAGGGUCAUACACUUGAUUUGGUAUUUACUCGGGAUGUAGACAAUUUUGUCUCACAUACAUGUGUUAGCUCCCUCAUAAGUGAUCACUAUGCUGUUCAAUGUUGUCUGGCCGUGCGCACACCUAGGUGGCCUAUCGGCCGUACGCUCUUUCGAUCGUUUAAGUCAAUUGAUAGUGAUCUCUUUGUUGCGGACCUGAUUGGUCUGGACUUGUUCACUGAUCCGGCUACUACUAUCGAUGGUCUCAUUGAUCAGUAUAACGUGGGUGUUAGUCAAGUGAUUGACAAGCACGCCCCAUUGAAAGAGAAACUGAUGGUCCUUCGCCCCGCUAAUCCCUGGAUGAGCGAUGAUGUGCGAGUUCUGAGGAGAGAGCUUCGGAAAAGAGAACGAAUAUGGAGGAUGAGGAGGCUAUACGUCGACUUUCAGACCUACCGGGAGACACAGAUGAAGUAUUCUCGUCGACUUAAGGCAGCGAAGAAGUUAUUCUACAGCAACAAAAUUUUGGAGUGUGGCAGUGACGCUAGGGCUCUCUAUCGUCUUGUCAACAACCUGAUGGGUAAAUCUGAUGUGCCCACAUUACCGAAACAAAAGCUUACUGAUCGGAGUGUUGCGGAGGAGUUCAGUGUCUAUUUCUCCACCAAGAUAGCGGAUAUCCGCUCAUCCCUUGACUCUUUGGCCAAAUCUAGGAAUUCUGACAGUGCCGUUGAAGAGGAGUCCUUCCUUUCGCUCUAUGGCGAAAGUUGUUGUUUGGAUAGGCUAUUGCCGGUAACAGCUGAGUUUGUGAUAAAUCUCAUUCUGUCUUCACCUGCAAAGUCCUGCUGCCUAGACCCACUUCCUACUCCUUUGCUAAAGAAGUUUCAUGCUGUCAUCACGCCUCUUCUUAAGAAACCGUCACUGGAUCCCCAAGAUAUGGCCAGCUACCGCCCGGUGUCUGGCCUUUCAUUCCUCUCGAAGCUUAUUGAACGUGUAGUUCUUUUUCGCCUCUCAUCGCAUGUCGCGGAAUUCAAUCUGCUGUCUCCUAGUCAAUCUGCGUAUCGGAUGAACUACUCGACUGAGACUUCCCUGCUUUCCAUCCAGAACGACCUACUCGUCGCUGCGGAUGCUGGUUUGGGUAGUGCGCUCCUCCUCUUGGAUCUCAGCGCCGCAUUCGACACGGUUGACCACCGUAUUCUGAUUGAGAGGAUGGCUACAGCUUUCGGUGUCUCUGGAUCUGCCUUAAACUGGUUCCGGUCCUACCUCUUUGGCAGAACCCAAUCGGUGAAGGCGCUUGGAGUUACAUCAUUCCCGGUACCUCUUCCGUUUGGCGUUCCGCAAGGAUCUGUUCUGGGUCCAUGUCUUUUUAACAUCUACACCAGUCCGGUUCCCGCCAUUGCUGCUGUCCACGGGGUUAAACUCAAGCAGUUUUCUGACGACACCCAAGGGUACGUCCACUUCCACCUUGAUUCUCAUCAUCAGACUAUGGCUCUUGGAUCUCUCUCCGCCUGUUCUGCGGAUAUCGAGGACUGGUUUACCGCCAAUCGGGUGAAGCUUAACUUCGGAAAGAGUCUGCUACUUUAUACCAUUCCACCACGUAAAGCCUCGGCCAUUGUACUCUCUCCACUUGUUGUUGGUGACUCUGUUCUUCCCCCUUCUAAUCAAGCUCGCAAUUUGGGUGUAACUUUUGAUAGUGAACUCACAAUGGUCCCUCAUGUAAAUGGCAUUUGUAAAUGUGCUUUCUUCCAUCUCACCCUUAUUGGUCGGAUAAGGAAGUACCUUGAUACAAAAUCGGCCAAGUCCUUAGUUCAUGCUCUUGUGCUUAGUAGACUUGAUUAUGCAAAUUCUCUUUUGUUUGGCCUCCCGAAAACUCUGAUGGUGAAACUGCAGCGCGUUCAGAACGCUGCUGCUAGGCUAGUUGUCGGUGCGGGUAGAUAUGAUCGAGUUUCUGAUCAUAUCAAGAACCUUCAUUGGCUGCCGGUCGAGCAGCGGGUUGUUUUCAAGACGGCGGUUUUGACGUUUCGUUGCCUGAAUGAUUCUGCCCCAGUUUAUCUGUCUGAUUUGGUCAAAUUGUACAAGCCCACACGUGAUCUUAGGUCUGAUAAUUCCCGUACCAUUGUAUCCCCACCUUUUCGACUUGCGAAGUAUGGGGGGAGGUCCUUUACAUGUGCUGCCCCGUCCAUUUGGAAUGCGCUCCCUCUUUCAGUGAGAUCUGAGACUAACCAGCGACUAUUCAAGUCUCGUCUAAAGACUCACUUAUUUUCUCUGGCUUUUCCCCGCUGAUAAAUCUGUUAAAUUGUGUGUCUAUACUUAUGAGCGUCAUUAGAUCUUUCAUUAUGGAUAGUGCGCUAUAUAAAUAUUACAAUACAAUACAAUACAAU